AUGGCCCAAGAGUUCAAGCUCAAAGGCUUGUCCAAGCUCGAAUUGAAAGACCUAGAUAAACUUGAAGCAGAGGUCGAGGGCAUCGAAGGCGGCAAGGUCCUGCUCGUCAAGGUCGGAAAUGAGGUGUCGGCCCUCAAUGCCAAUUGUACACAUUACGGUGCUCCAUUGAAGAACGGCGUUCUCACUCCCGAAGGACGGUUGACUUGUCCGUGGCAUGGAGCAUGUUUCAAUGUCAAAACCGGCGACGUCGAAGACUCACCCGCACCCAACGCUCUGAACAAGUUCGACGUGGUCGAGAAAGAGGAUGGCGUAUACAUCAAAGGCAAGGAGGCGGACAUCAAGGGUGGCCAGAGAAAGGUCAAUAUAAAGACGAAGCCGACAUCUUCAGACAAAGUCGUCAUUGUUGGAGGUGGCUCCGGCACAUUUGGCGCUCUCCUUAAACUUCGCGAACUCGGCUUCCCUGGCCAGAUCACCGUGAUCACCACCGAAGGCUAUCCCAUUGACCGGACGAAGCUCUCCAAAGCUCUGAUCACAGACCCCUCCAAGAUCUAUCUCCAGCCGAAAGAGUGGUAUGACGAUGGCUCGAUUGACUUCUGCUCCGACACGGUCACUUCCGUCGACUUCGAUACAAAGACCGUGCAGACCAAGACGGGCAAGUCAUUUCCCUACACCAAGCUCAUCCUCGCCAGCGGCGGCACGCCUAGACAUCUACCUCUGCCAGGAUUCAAAGACCUGUCCAACAUCUUCCUCCUGCGCCAGAUCAGCGACACACAAGGCAUCGUCAGCGCCGUGGGCGAUAAAGGCAAGAAGAUUGUCAUCAUCGGUUCCAGCUUCAUCGGUAUGGAAGUCGCGAACGCUCUCGCCAAAGAAAACACCGUGACGGUUGUCGGAAUGGAGUCGGCGCCCCUAGAACGGGUCAUGGGCAAAGAAAUCGGGCAGAUCUUCCAGAAGAUGCUGGAGAAGAACGGGGCCAAAUUCAUGAUGAAUGCCAGCGUCGACUCGGCGGUUCCGGCUUCGAAACUCGCAAACGCCGUCGGCCUCAGCCCUGUCGGCGCCGUCAAGUUGAAGGACGGAACAGAGCUCGAAGCCGACCUAGUCAUCCUGGGUAUCGGCGUCGCCCCUUCGACAGAAUACCUCCGCGACAACCCGAGCGUGAAGCUGCUCAAAGACGGCAGUGUGGCCGUGGACGAAAACUUCGCCGUCAAGGGCCUCACCGACGUCUACGCGAUCGGCGACAUCGCCACAUACCCGUACCACGGCCCCGGCGGAAACGGAGCCCCUGUACGCAUCGAACACUGGAACGUCGCGCAGAACCAAGGCCGCAGCGUCGGCCAGCUCAUCGCACAGCCCUCGAGCAAGCCUAAGCCGUUCAUCCCCAUUUUCUGGUCCGCCCUGGGCAGCCAGCUGCGGUACUGCGGCUCCGGCGCCAUCGGCUGGGAUGACCUCAUCAUCAAGGGCGAGCCCGAGAACAGCAAGUUCGCGGCUUACUAUGCGAAAGGUAACGAGAUCGUCGCCGUGGCCAGUAUGAUGAUGGACCCGAUUAUGACCAAGAGCGCCGAGUUGAUGAGACACGGCAAGAUGCCUUCCAAAUCCGACAUCAAGAGUGGUCAAGAUGUGUUGCAGGCCAACUUGUGA